AUGGCUUCCCCAUCUACGGAUGGUUCUCCCAUCGCGUCCCGGGACUCGCCUACUCCCAGCAGCGGAAAGGAUUCGCCCUUUGUCGAACGCAGCAACCCCAUGGGCUCCGGCAACGCCCAGACCGUCAGCUCUCGGGAUCCAAAGGCCGUCGCUCAAGCCGCUACCGACAUGAAGAACGUUGUGCGCCGCAAGCUCACCGGCUACGUGGGCUUUGCCAACCUGCCCAACCAGUGGCACCGCAAGAGUGUCCGCAAGGGUUUCAACUUCAAUGUCAUGGUUGUUGGUGAAUCCGGACUCGGCAAGUCGACCCUGGUCAACACUCUGUUCAACACCUCCCUCUACCCCCCGAAGGAACGCACCGGUCCCAACGCCGAUAUCAUCCCCAAGACCGUGUCGAUUCAGUCGACCAGCGCCGAUAUUGAGGAGAACGGCGUGCGGCUCCGUCUGACGGUGGUGGAUACCCCUGGAUUUGGUGACUUUGUCAACAACGAUGACUCGUGGCGCCCCAUUGUCGAGAACAUCGAGCAGCGCUUCGAUACCUACCUGGAGGCCGAGAACAAGGUCAACCGCAGCAACACCGUCGACAACCGCAUCCACGCUUGCGUUUACUUCAUCCAGCCCACCGGCCACUCCCUGAAGCCCCUGGACAUCGAGGUGAUGCGCCGCUUGCACACUAAGGUCAACCUGAUUCCCGUGAUCGCCAAGGCCGACACCUUGACCGACGAGGAGGUUGCCCUGUUCAAGCAGAGAAUCCUGGCCGAUAUCGAGCACCACUCCAUCCAGAUCUUCGAGGGCCCCCGCUACGAGCUUGACGACGAGGAGACCAUCGCUGAGAACCAAGAGAUCAUGUCCAAGGUGCCGUUUGCCGUGGUUGGUGCCAACUCGGAGGUUUCGGCAGCCGACGGCCGUCGCGUCCGUGGCCGUAGCUACCCCUGGGGUAUUAUCGAGGUUGACAACGAGGAGCACUGUGAUUUCGUCAAGCUGCGCCAGAUGUUGAUCCGCACCCACAUGGAGGAGCUCAAGGAGCACACCAACAACUUCCUGUACGAGAACUACCGGUCCGACAAGCUUACCCAGAUGGGUGUCGCCCAGGACCCGAGCGUGUUCAAGGAGGUCAACCCGGCCGUCAAGCAGGAGGAGGAGCGCGCCCUCCACGAGCAGAAACUGGCCAAGAUGGAGGCCGAGAUGAAGAUGGUCUUCCAACAGAAGGUCGCGGAGAAAGAAAGCAAGCUCAAGCAGAGCGAAGACGAACUUUAUGCCCGACAUCGCGAGAUGAAGGAUCAGCUAGACCGCCAGCGCUCGGAGCUGGAGGAGAAGAAGGGACGCCUCGAAAGCGGACGUCCCAUCGAAGAGAAGGGCAAGCGCAAGGGUUUCUCCCUCCGCUAA